UGAAGGAAGGAAGGACUAAGGGCAAAAUAGUCUUUUGAUAAUUUAUUGAAGUGCUUAACCCCAAAUCUCUUCCAUUUAAACGCACAUAUUCGAGAAGUGUAAUAUUUCAAUCCUCCUUGGACUCUGAAGAUUUGCUUACAAUUUAAGACCCGAUUUCGACCCGAUUUAAGAGGGAGGAGAAAACACAAGUGUUGUAUUGUCAAGGUUGGGCGAAAGGACAUCAGACAGUAGAGAAGGAAGAUGAGUUCUCCAGUACCCAGAAGAGAGAGUCCAUGGGGUUUGCCAGAAGGUGAUAACAGACAACCUAAGGCUCAUAGAUGCAACGACCGUGUUGAGGAUGUUAUUCAGGCAUGUUUUGAAGGCAAUCCAUUUAAAACGAUACCGGGGCCUUUCAAGCUAUUCUGGCGGUGCAUGCGUUCUAAGCCUGGGGAAGAGCCUACUGAGCCAUUCUACUACUUGCAAUUGGAACCUCCCAAGAGAGAAGUGAACCUUGAGUAGAGCUUCGUUUUUGUUAAUUUCUAAACCUGUAAUGAGGUUGUUUAUGAAUCUUAUCACUCUAGGUUGUGUUACUUGGUGACAACAAUCUGCACUUCAGAAGGUGGUUCAUGGCGCAAAUUUCCCUCAAUGAAGAUUGGAAGUUCAUGUUAUUUUAUUUCCUGUUUCUGAAUAAGCACGAAUAUCUAAUAUGAAAUGAUGUUGAUACAGAUAGAAUUUUGAGAUACUAUACUGUUCUGUUCAUGUCGAAGCAAUGGUACAAUUGCGCAAGUGUUGGCCACAAAUGUGGUAAAAGUA